AUGACUUCGAUUUCAAAAAACUGUUGCAGUGUUCCUCAAUGUUCAUCCUAUUACAAUUCACAAAGAACAAUUUCCCUGCAUAAGUUUCCUCUGGACGAAAAUAUGAGAAAAGUUUGGCAAUGCAAUUUGCGAAUUGGCAAACCUAUAACUAAGCACAUGAAUGUGUGCAGUUUACAUUUUACUGAUAACGAUUACUUUCCAAUAACACCUGAAACUAAAUUGAGGAGAUUGAAGAAAAAUGCUAUUCCAUCAGCUAAAUUGCCCCAAAGGUCUCAUGAAGUUACUAGUAGAAAACGUAAGACUCCAAGGGAAAGAAUUAAUACAGAAUUAAACAAUCCUAUUAUAUUUCCAGUUGGUAAAAAAACAAAAACUCAGUGGAUAAAGAACAUGAAAAUGUCUGACCGAAUUCCUACACCAAAUGAUACCACAUUACAUAUAGUUCAAGAACACCAAACAAAGUAUUCAAAAAGAAGACUUAAAGAGGAUUUGUCUUCCACAAGCCAGCAAGAGAACUCACAGAAAAAACCUUUAAUGAUCCAUCUUCCAGAAAUACUAAAAGGAAAACAGAAAGACACAAGUAGUUUUUUGGUAGAAUCUGAGAACACAACCGAUAUGUCAGAAGAUGAAAUGUUCGAGGAUGAAAGGAAUCCGAUCAAUGGUGUAAUAGAACAGCUAAAAGGAAAAUGCCGUACUUGUUUGAUUAGGAAUGGGACAACGGAUUUAUUUACUUCAAAGCAUGAUGGGAUCUUAUUAUGUGAUUUAUUGUCAAAUUUUUCUUUAACUGAGGUUCUUCAGUCAGAUGGUUUACCAAAAACUGUUUGUUCUCAUUGUUCAAAUUUUAUUAUAAAUGCAUAUACAUUCAAAAAGCAAGUUGAAAAGUCACUAAUAACUCUUAAGUCUGCAAUAUAUCAGUUAGGCAGUUUAAAAAUCGAAGGAUCUCAGAGUCCCAUGAGUAACCCUAAGGGGCUUACCAAAAGUAAAAGAGUUAGUAAGGAAUGUAAAGAAAACCAUAAACGUAAAAACAGCAGUAAAAUUUUAAAUGAUACCAUUGAAAGAAUAGACAACGAUAAAUGUGGAAGUGAAAAUAAUAGUGCGAUAACUACUACCAAAAGUACAUUCGUUAAGGAAUACGAAUAUACCAUUAAAUCCGAAAAUUCCGAUACUAAACCAGAAAAGCUUAUUAUACGAACUUACGACGAAAAUGAUAAUGGAAGUAAUGUUGAAACACAAAGUGACGUUGACGAAUUGAUUAAAAUAGAAGUGUAUAAUGACACCGAUGAAAGUACUGAAAGUGAAAAUGAACUUCAAAGUAAAAUGACAGAAGAAACUAUUAUAGGAACGUAUCAAGAUAAAAAUUGCCGCAACUAUAUUAGAAAUUACAUGAAAUGCUCACGAUUGAAAAAAGUAAGCAAGAACGCUAUUAAUAAUACUAUCGAUAAAAAACACAUUUUAAAAUACUCCAAUAAAGAUACUUUAGAAAUAGUUGAUGAGAGUAGUCAGGCUACAUUUGAAGUUGAUUUCGAGGAAACUAAUACACAUUGUGAAUCUCCUAACUUCAAAGGCGUUUUAAGUAUCAAUAACACAAACUUAAAGACGUAA